AUGCUUUCGGGUAUUCUGUCCGAGUAUUCGGGGACGACGAUCGCAAACCCCGGCUCGACAGAGCGGGACUUGGAUGUGACCGCCGCUUCAGCACAGGCUGACGCCGGUACCGGCACCGGAGAAGAAGAGCGCCUGCUCGAAGCUGAAGGCGAAGAAGCGCGUGAUAGUCCUUGUGACGCUCCCAAAGCGGGACAAAGACGCCGACACGGUCGGGCAGCUGCCAUUGCGGGCGUCUUUACCGGUAUCGGCGCUCUCAUCGCCGUCUUCGUGCUCGUCCGUCUUCCAGAAAAGAUCGCCAACUAUCUUGAACAGCGCGAAACAGCAAUCUGGUCGCAUGAUCCACACUACAAAGCACCAGAUGACAAAGCUAUCCACAGAGGCACCGUAGGGACGUUCUACCUGGUAGCAGCUCUAGCUCUGUUGACUGCUUCUGCCACGGCUCUGGGUCUGAAGGAGCCCAAGAGACAUUCGCGCCGCGCUACUCGAGCAGAUGCGCUCUUGCAUCGCUCCCGACAACGUCAGGAAGACUAUGGCGCAUUGCACGACAGCACGAUUGCGAUAGCUGAGGAUACGCGGCAGGCUCGACGUGCUCGAUUGCGGCAGAGACAGCAACGUCGCGAGCAGACGUCCUGGACCAAUCUGAUACGGUCUCAUGUGCGUCGCUUCGUCAGCGCGUCCGUGGGUGGCUUCCGAAUGGCUGGGCCUGUCCGCCGAGGGCAAGACGCCGACACGAUCAAGCUCCAUCAGCGAUUGGCAUGGGAGCUGCGCGUGGCAUAUGUGGGCGGAGCUCUGGCCAGAGCUUUCACCAUCGGCACAACAGCUUUUCUGCCUCUGCUCGUGACGCAUCACUACUACACAUCGGGUCUAUGCCGACAGUUGCCGUCGCCGGACCCGGACUCGCCGCUUCCGAACGACGAGCUGAAGAAGCUCUGUCGCAGCGCGUUCACAGCCACCGCUAUUCUGGGCGGUACUGCGCAGCUGACGGCCCUUCUGGCAUCGCCGCUGAUCGGACUGCUUUGCGACACGCUUUCGCCUACGACGACCAUCUCUCUCACCUCUGCGCUCGGAGCCGUCGGGUUCUAUUUGUUGGGCGUUGGCACGUCAGGCUUUGGCGGCGAUAGACAGACGGGCGAAGAGGUGCCUGAUCCGUUGACAGGGCUGUCGAUCGGCGCUGCAGUGCUCAUCGGAAUCGGGCAAAUUGGUGCCAUCGUUGCCAGCCUGGCUGGCUGUGCUCGCGCGAGAGGCCUCGUUGAGGAGCAGCGAUCAGAAGACACAGGUGCAGAUGCCAACGACGUGAGUGGCGAUGCGAGGCCGGCACAAGAAGCGAGCCAUGCGAACGCCCGGACGGGUGAAGCGCACCAAGCAGGUCAGGGAGCAGGUGCAAUCGCUGGAGCCUACUCUUGCACAGGGUCCCUGUCGAUCCUCGUCAUCUCCAAGUUGGGCGGAUUCCUGUUUGACAUGUACGUACCAAGUCCUUUCCUGCUGAUCGGCGGCUUCUCCGCCUUUGUCGCACUCUGCGGAGCUGCUGUCAGUAUAGCUCAGCGCUUCGGACGUGAGCAGAUGUAG